AUGUGGCCUCUCGUAACGCUCUGUCUUCUCUUCAAUCCAACAAAUGCCCAGUUUGCCGAGAUUGCCUCCAUAGCCACAUCGCUGCUCGGAUCUGGACUUGGUCCAGCUCUCGGAGGAGCGGCCUCUGCCGGAUCAGCCGCAUCUCCUGCACUCGGCGCAUUGUCACAGAUUGGACAGCUGUACCAACUUGCCCAAGGUGCGCUUCAGCUGACCGGCACCGGUGUGGGAGUACUCAAUCAAGCGUCAGAAGGUAACUGGUUCCCAGCCGUACUCGAACAAGCUUCUAAGAACACAAAAACUCUCAUGGGUGGUGCUGGUGGACUUGGAGGACCACCAAAUCUUGGUGCACUGGGCCCGGGUAGAACGGGCGUUAGCGGUUCAGCAAUUGGUCCCGAAUUUGGAACAGGAUUUCCUGCGCCAAGCAUUGAAGACUAUACAGACAAUGAGGACAAGAGCAACAAAAAAACAACGAAGAGUCCAGAAAGCCUUGUUGACAUUGACGACAAUGACUUCGAUGAGCUCACUUCAUCAACUUCUCAUACUGCUUCUCCAACACCCACUGUACCAGUGACACUCUUUCCGGAUGAGUCAAACUCCGUCACAGAAGCGACAACGGUGCAGCUAAAAGAGAUUCGUAUUGAACUUCCAAAGGGUACGGACACUGAUACGGAUGUCGACUAUAUCGACCGGGUCACAACGGAUGGAGAUUCACGUGUGCAGGUAACAAACAAGGCCAAAAGCACGGAAGAUGAAAAUCUGCUUGCGCCAGAUAGAGCUUCUGCAGCGAAAACCCUAAACGCAAAGAUCCGGAGUGGAGUGCCGGAUCUUACUAGAUUGAUAGAUGUUCUACGCAAGAGCAACCUCAAAGAAGCUGAAAUCAUGGAAAUUGUCUCACAAGUCGAAGGCAAUGACAAUAAUCCACCUCCACCGAAAAUCGACUUCACUUCUGCGGUUCAAAACAUACCUUUGAAGAAGCAUCUUAACCGGGAAAGAAUUGUAAAGGCAUCGCGAGAGAUUAACAAGAAUAUUGGACCACAUGAGAAGGAACUGGAAUCACAUAUUAACCAUUUUCAUCAACUUCCCAAUCCAGCAGCUUCCGGUACACAUUCUGGUGUUACUCCUACGACUGCUCCACCUUCUCUUACCCACUUCUCACAAAUCCCGACCCAUCCAAACCAGCAAGGAUUCCUCGGGACUAAUAGACUUGAGAGAGAAAUUUCGGCUGUACCAACUGGAAAGGCUCCUCUACAAGUAUCUCCACCACCUAAUCCAGCAUUGCUACUACCCCAAGCACAGUUUACACCUCCACCCGCUUAUCUCUUCCAACACCAUUGGCAUAAUCCACAAUUUCCACAACCGCAACUGCCUGCAGCCCCACAUUCUCCACAACUCUACCAGCCCCAGGCUAAUCUUGCCCAACCACCAGCGCAUGCGUUCGCUCACCCACCUUUUUUCCAUCACCUCCCCUAUCAGCCAUUCCACAUGCAACAGCAGUACACCAACCAGAUACAGAAUCCAACGGUGCCAGCACACAUUCAGUCGGCUCCACCACCGACACAAGCUCCGAUUCUCCAACAGCAACUUCAGCAAGUACAGAAUCCUCAACAGUUUCAACCACACCUGCAGCUUCAACAGCAUCAGCAAGGUCAACUAAAUCCGCCUUAUCAAGGACAACAGCCGCAUAACUCUCAGCAGAGCCAGCAAAAUUAUCAUUACUCUACUCAGCAACAAGUCACUACAUCUCAACAACAACCUUACAGGCAGUUCAGACAAAUAAGUGGGCAAGCCUACCAGUCUCAAGGUGUACAAACGCGUCCUGUCGUGUACACAAACCAACCUGCAGGUACUCCAGCUGAAUACAACAGGAUUACCCAUGUAGCACUCUCCGCUCCGAUACGACGAGGCGAUACCGUAAUUGCACAAGGGGCGAGAAGCGCACACGUCGCUGCCAGAGCCGUACAUCCAGGAUCAGCCCCAGCAAAUAGUGGCAAAACGCGGGGAGUAGGCUAUAGCAGCAGGCAACGAACAGAACGAGACUCAAAAGCACCACCUUCAGCCAACAGUGUGCGGUCAGCAGAGAUCGUCCGCAGCGAAAGUACCCAAGGCGAACAGUGCCAACUCAGGGGAUCACCACUCCAACACCGGUCGGUGUGGCUGACGACGCUAACCUCCUGCUCCACUAACCACUCACUAACAUCAUCACUUUGCUCAAGCAGGUGAAGCUUCCCGAUGGGAUUUUCGCCCAGGGUGGACUGCUAGUGAAUGCUGAUCCGGAAAAACAUACCCUGCUCUCGAGACGCUUCAUACACCGCCACCAGCACAGUGCCGCACUUGCACGAGCAUCCCCUUCUAGCCGUCCUUAUCGCAUGCCUGUCUCGUUUCCUCCACGACGAUACCUAGGAAUCAGAAGUAGUUUGCACUCCAAUUUGUAGCACCUCUCAGUUGUUCUUUGAGCGCCGAGACCACUUAUUCAUUGUGUCAUUGGAUGUUCGCCGUUGCCGGUCAUUUUGUUCUUUCAUUUAAUUAUCCUCUUGAUUUCGAUUAUUGUUGAUUCUCAAUUGUGCAAACUUCUUCUAAAAGAUAUAUUGUGAACCUCAGUAGUAUUUAACCAUAUUAAGUAAGAGAUAGUUGAUGGAAUUUUUCCUAUAAUCGUCUUUCACAUUGGAACAAUUCUCACUUUACAAUUCUUCGAUUGCUGUAUAAUGUAAUCAUGUAUGUAUGCAUUUGUUGAAAUAAGACAUUCAGUUCGUUU